AUGGGGUCUCUUCUUCAGGGAUACAGUCGACCCGACUCCGUCGACGGGGGAGAGUCCGAUGAGACUGUGAAGGAGUGCGACUUUACGGUUGAUCCGAACCAGCUGAUCCGAGCCAGCGCUCUGCGAGUCCUCUCCAGCAUCCGAGUCACGAUCAUCGUCCCCAUCAUGAUGCUGGCCAUCAAAGAGGCUGCCUCUGAUAUGUCUCCGUACGUCAGGAAGACGGCCGCUCACGCAAUCCCCAAACUCUACAGUUUGGAUCCAGAGCAGAAGGACCAGCUGAUCGAAGUCAUAGAGAAACUCCUCGCUGACAAAACCACGCUGGUGGCGGGGAGCGUUGUCAUGGCGUUUGAGGAGGUUUGUCCCGAACGCAUCGAGCUGAUCCACAAGAACUACAGGAAGCUGUGCAACCUGCUGAUCGACGUGGAGGAGUGGGGGCAGGUGGUCAUCAUCAACAUGCUGACCCGCUACGCCAGGACCCAGUUCCUCAACCCCAACAUGAACGAGUCCUUUCUGGAGGAGGGAAGCGACAAGACCUUCUACGGCUCGGAUGAAGACUCGGAUGAGGAAGAGGAGGACAAAGACAAGAAGGUGGAGGCUCCCAUGGUCAAGAGGAAGCCGUACGUGAUGGAUCCAGAUCACCGGCUGCUGCUGAGAAACACCAAGCCGCUGCUGCAGAGCCGCAACGCAGCCGUGGUGAUGGCUGUGGCUCAGCUGUAUUUCCAUCUGGCUCCUAAAGCAGAGAUCGGGGUGAUCGCCAAGGCCCUGGUCCGUCUGCUGAGGAGCCACAGUGAGGUCCAGUACGUUGUUCUUCAGAAUGUGGCGACAAUGUCGAUUAAGAGGAGGGGGAUGUUUGAGCCGUACCUGAAGAGUUUCUACAUCCGCUCUACAGACCCCACGCAGAUUAAAAUCCUUAAGCUGGAGUUCUCACCAUCUGGCGAAUGAGACGAACAUU